CAGCCAGACCCCAUCCUGACAAGGCUGUGGAGCUGCUGACCAGGAUGUUGGUGUUCAGGCUGGGUGACCACGUGUGGCUGAACUCUCCCUCCGCCAAUAAGACUGACGUGGCCAUCGGGGGAGUCAUCCGAGAAACAAAACCCGGCAAGAUCUUGGUCGAGGAUGACGAGGGCAAGGAACACUGGAUCCACUCGGAGGACCUCGGUGCCCUCAGCAGCAUGCACCCCAACUCCGUGCAGGGCGUGGACGACAUGAUCCGCUUGGGGGACCUAGACGAGGCGGGCAUGGUGCACAACCUCCUGAUCCGCUACCAGCAGCACAAGAUCUACACAUACACAGGCUCCAUCCUGGUGGCCGUGAACCCGUUCCAGGCUCUGCCCCUCUACACCCUGGAGCAGGUGCAGCUGUACUACAGCCGCCUGGUGGGCGAGCUGCCCCCGCACGUCUUUGCCAUCGCCAACAGCUGCUACUUCAACAUGCAGAAGAACAAGAGGGACCAGUGCUGCGUCAUCAGUGGCGAGUCCGGGGCUGGCAAGACGGAGACCACCAAGCUCAUCCUGCAGUUCUUGGCCACCGUCAGUGGCCAGCAUUCGUGGAUCGAGCAGCAGGUCCUGGAGGCCAACCCCAUCCUGGAGGCCUUUGGAAAUGCCAAGACAAUCCGCAACAACAACUCAAGUCGCUUCGGGAAGUACAUUGACAUCUACUUCAACCCCAGCGGGGUGAUUGAGGGCGCGCGCAUCGAGCAGUUUCUCCUGGAGAAGUCCCGCGUCUGCCGGCAGGCCCCAGAGGAACGGAACUACCACAUCUUCUACUGCAUGCUCAUGGGCAUGAGCGCCGAGGACAAGAAGCUGCUGGGCCUGGGGACGCCCUCCGAGUACCGCCACCUGACCAUGGGGAACUGUACCUCUUGUGAGGGGUUGGACGACGCCCAGGACUACGCCCACAUCCGCUCAGCCAUGAAGAUCCUCCUGUUCUCUGACUCCGAGAACUGGGACCUCAGCAAGCUGCUGGCUGCCGUUCUGCACCUGGGGAACCUGGAGUUUACGGCUGCGGUCUUCGAGAACCUGGACUCCUCAGACGUGAUGGAGACACCCGCUUUUCCCAUCGUGAUGAAGUUGCUGGAGGUGCAGCACCAGGCGCUCCGGGACUGUCUGAUCAAGCACACCAUCCUCAUCCGCGGGGAGUACGUCACCAGGCCCCUGAACAGCACCCAGGCGGCAGACCGGAGGGACGCCUUUGUCAAGGGCAUCUACGGGCACCUCUUCCUAUGGAUCGUCAAGAAGAUCAACGCCGCCAUCUUCACACCGCCUGCGCAGGACCCCAGAAAUGUGCGGAGGGCCAUCGGUCUUCUGGACAUAUUUGGCUUUGAAAAUUUCCAGAACAACAGCUUCGAGCAGCUCUGCAUCAACUUGGCCAACGAGCACCUGCAGCAGUUCUUUGUGCAGCACGUGUUCACCAUGGAGCAGGAGGAGUACCGCUCGGAGAACAUUGCCUGGGACUACAUCCACUACGCCGACAACCGGCCCACCCUGGACCUGCUGGUCCUCAAGCCCCUGAGCGUCAUCUCCCUGCUCGACGAGGAGAGCCGCUUCCCACAGGGUACAGAUGCCACCCUGCUGCAAAAACUGAACAGCGUCCACACCAACAACAAGGCCUUCCUGCAGUCCAGGAACAUCCAUGACACCAGGUUUGGCAUUGCUCACUUUGCCGGCCAGGUGUACUACCAGGCAGAAGGCUUCCUGGAGAAAAACCGGGAUGUGCUGAGCACAGACAUCCUCACACUGGUUCACUCCUCCAAAAACAAAUUCCUGAAGGAGAUAUUCAACCUGGAGUCAGCAGAGACCAAGAGGGGCCACGGGACCAUCCGCCAGGCAAAGACAGGAAGCCAGCUCUUCAAGUCUGCAGACUCGGCCAAGCGACCCUCCACCUUGGCAGGCCAGUUCAAGCAGUCCCUGGACCAGCUGAUGAAAAUCCUGACCAACUGCCAGCCCUACUUCAUCCGCUGCAUCAAGCCCAAUGAAUACAAGAAGCCACUGCUCUUCGAUCGGGAGCUGUGCCUGCGGCAGCUGCGCUACUCGGGCAUGAUGGAGACCGUGCACAUCCGCAAGUCGGGCUUCCCCAUCCGCUACACGUUCCCAGAGUUCUCGCAAAGGUUUCAUGUGCUGCUGCCCAGUGCUGUGCGCUUGCAGCUGCGAGACAAGUUCCGCCAGAUGGCCCUGGACAUCGCUAACAGGUGGCUGGAGACAGACAAAGACUGGAAAGUGGGAAGGACCAAAAUUUUUCUGAAGGACCAUCAGGACACCCUGCUGGAGAUGCAGAGGAGCCAGGCCCUGGACCGCGCCGCCAUCAGCAUCCAGAGAGUCCUACGGGGCUACAGACACAGGAAGGAGUUCCUGAGGCAGAGGUGGGCGGCUGUGACCCUCCAGGCCGCGUGGAGAGGCUAUGGCACCAGGAAGAAUCUCAAGCUGAUCCUCCUAGGCUUUGAGCGCCUGCAAGCUAUUGUCCGGAGCCAGGUGCUGGCGAGGCAGUACCAGGUCAUGCGGCAGAAGGUGGUCCAGCUGCAGGCCCGCUGCAGGGGCCACCUGGUGCGCCAGCAAGUCCAGGCCAAGAGGAGGGCAGUGGUGGUCAUUCAGGCCCAUGCCAGGGGCAUGGCUGCCCGGCGCAGCUUCCAGCGGCAGAAAGCCAAUGCACUGCUGGUCAUCCCCACCAAGGAGCAGAAGAACCAAAGCCCUCUCCCUGCCCAGAAGCGCAAGUCUAUCUAUGACACCGUGACCGACACAGAGAUGGUGGAGAAAGUGUUUGGCUUCCUCCCUGCCAUGAUUGGGGGACAGGAGGGCCAGGCCCCACCAGGCUUUGAGGAUCUGGAAGCAAAGACCCAGAAUCUUCUCGAGGUCGACCUGGACACGGUCCCCAUGGUGGAGCAGCCAGAGCAGGAUGUGGACGGCCUGGCCGAGUACACCUUCCCCAAGUUCGCUGCGACUUACUUCCAGAAAUCGGCCAGCCACACACACAUCCGGCAGCCCCUCCGACACCCGCUGCUCUACCAUGAGGAUGACGCUGACUGCUUGGCCGCCCUGGCCAUAUGGAACAUCAUCCUGCGGUUCAUGGGUGACCUCUCAGAGCCAGUGCUUUAUGCCAGGAGCCGGCAAGGCAGCUCGGUGGUGUGGCAGGUCCAAGACACGCUGGGCAGAGGGGGCGGCGUCCAGUUUCCACAGCAAGGUGGAUCUGCACAGGUAACCAGCCAACUGAACAGUGGAGAGGAGGCAUUUGAACCCGAUGGUCCCAUCUCAGACCGACCCAUGUCCAACCUGGAGAAGGUACACUUCAUCGUGGGCUAUGCCAUCCUGCGGUCUGGCCUCAGGGAUGAGGUUUUCUGCCAGAUCUGCAAGCAGCUCUCGGGAAACCCCAAAACAAGCAGCCGGGCCCGGGGUUGGAUCCUGCUCAGCCUCUGCCUGGGCUGCUUCCCCCCCUCGGAGAGGUUCAUGAAGUAUUUACUGAACUUCAUCAGUCAAGGGCCGGCGGGCUAUGGGCCCUUCUGUGCUGAGCGCCUGAGGCGUACCUGUGCCAAUGGGGCACGCACAGAGCCCCCUACCUGGCUGGAGCUGCAGGCUGUCAAGUCCAAGAAGCACAUCCCGAUCCAAGUCAACUUGGCGACUGGAGAGGGCCUGACUGUCACCGUCGACUCGGCCUCCACAUCCCGGGAAGUCUGCCUGCACAUUGCCCGCCAGCAGGGCCUCAGCGACCACCUGGGCUUCUCCCUCCAGGUGGCUGUGUACGACAAGUUCUGGUCCCUGGGCAGCGGCCGUGAUCACGUGAUGGACGCCAUUGCCCAGUGUGAGCAGCUGGCCCAGGAGAGGGGCGAGAGCCAGCGCCAGUCGCCCUGGCGCAUCUACUUCCGGAAGGAGUUCUUCACGCCCUGGCAUGACUCCCGGGAAGACCCCGUCAGCACCAGGCUCAUUUACCGCCAGGUCCUCCGUGGAGUCUGGUCUGGCGAGUACAGCUUUGAGAAGGAGGAAGAGCUGGUGGAGCUGCUGGCCCGGCACUGCUACGUGCAGCUGGGUGCCUCGGUGGGGAGUCAGGCUGUCCAGGAGCUGCUCCCCAGCUGCAUCCCCUCCAAACUGUACAGGGCCAAGCCCCCAGAGAGGUGGGCUAGCCUCGUCACGGCUGCCCAUGCCAAGGCCUCAUACACCCAGACGCAAGCCACGCUGCUGACCGUGCAGGAGCAGGUGGUGGACACCGCCCACCUGCAGUGGCCGCUGCUCUUUUCCCGGCUCUUUGAAGUCACCCCGCUCUCGGGCUCCCGGCUGCCCAAGACGCAGCUGAUCUUGGCUGUUAACUGGAAGGGGCUGUGCUUCCUGGACCAGCGGGAGAAGAUGCUGCUAGAACUCUCUUUCCCAGAGGUCAUGCGUCUGUCCACCAACAGGGAGGCCCAGGGCGGACAGAGGCUGCUGCUGUCCACCCUGCACGAGGAGUAUGAGUUCCUGUCCCCCAGCAGCAUGGCCGUGGCUGAGCUGGUGGCCCUGUUCUUGGAGGGCCUGAAGGAGAGGUCCGUGUUCGCCAUGGCCCUGCAGGACAGGAAGGCCACAGGUGAUGCCACCCUCUUGCCCUUCAAGAAGGGAGACUUGUUGGUCCUGACAAAGAAGCAAGAGCUUCUGGCUUCUGAGAACUGGACCCUGGCCCAGAGUGACCGGACGGGCAAGACAGGCUUGGUGCCGAUGGCCUGCCUCCACACCAUCCCCACAGUCACAAAGCCUUCGGCGCAGCUGCUGGGGCUCAUGGCUGGGGUUGGGGGGCGCUCUGCCCUCCCACAGCCAUCCUGGGAGGCUGAAUAGAGGGCCCAGGUGCCAGGGGCAGAGCGGCCUCGUGGCAAGCCCUCACUUCACCCUCCGCCCGUCAGGACCCCAGAGAAGGAGACCGUGGGCAAAGCCGUGCUACCCCUGGCCCGCACCCGCAGCCACCUGUGGGCCUAUUCACCUGAGCCGCUGCGUCAGCCGCUGCUCAAGCGUGUCCACGCCAACGUGGACCUCCACGACAUUGCCUGCCAGAUCUUUGUCGCCAUCCUCAGAUACAUGGGCGACUACCCCUCUCGGCAAGCCUGGCCCUCGCUGGAGCUCACCGACCAGAUCUUCUCACUGGCCCUGCAGGACUCGUCCCUACAGGACGAAGUCUACUGCCAGGUCCUGAAGCAGCUGACGCACAACACUAACAGGUACAGCGAGGAGCGGGGCUGGCAGCUGCUGUGGCUCUGCACGGGCCUCUUCCCGCCCAGCACGUCGCUGCUGCCCCACGCCCAGAAGUUCGUUGACACUCGCAGGGGAAAGCUGCUGGCCCCCGACUGCAGCCGCCGCAUCCAGAGGGUCCUGAGGACCAGGCACCAAGGGCCAUCCCAAGACAGCAGCUCUGGUGGCUUUGGGGCCCAGGCCAGGCUCACUGGCCAUCUGUCUUCCCAGAUGCUGGAGGUGGGCAGCGGCACGAAGGUGCGGGAUGUGUGUGACAGCGUCGCCACCAGGCUGCAGCUGGCCUCCUGGGAGGGAUGCGGCCUCUUCAUCAAGAUUGCAGACAAGGUGCUCAGCCAGAAGGAGGGAGACUUCUUCUUCGACUCCCUGAGGCAGGCGUCUGACUGGGUGAAGAAGAACAAGCCCCAGAAAGAAGGUGGGGGAGGUCUCUGUGGAGCUGGGCGGGAGGGCGUGGCUGCAUGGAGAAGCAAGGGGGUUGUCCGCUUCCCUGAGCUGGGCCACUGCCUGCAUGGCCCAGUCAUUCGUUCAUUCCCAUGCGUGCCCUGGGUUGUGGGUCUUGCUGGGAAGCAGGGCUGGCUGCGCAGGCCGCCGUCUGAGGCUCCUGUCGCCACCCAGGAGCUGCCCAAGUACUUGCGUGGGUUCCACAAGUGCUCGCGGGAGGAUGCCGUCCACCUGGCGGGCCUCGUCUAUAAGGCCCAGUUUGACGGCGACCGGUCCCAGCUGGCUCAUGUCCCCAAGGUCCUGAGGGAACUGGUGCCCGAGAGCCUCACACGCCUGAUGUCCGCGGAGGAGUGGAAGAAGAGCAUCCUUCUGGCCUAUGACAAGCACAAGGACACGACGGUGGAGGAGGCCAAGGUGGCCUUCCUGAAGUGGAUAAGCCGGUGGCCCACCUUCGGGUCUGCCUUCUUCGAGGUGAAGCAAACCUCGGAGCCCUCCUACCCAGACAUCAUCCUCAUCGCCAUCAACCGGCAUGGGGUUCUGCUCAUCCACCCCAAGACCAAGGACCUGCUCACCACCCACCCCUUCACCAAGAUCGCCAGCUGGAGCAGCGGCAGCACUUACUUCCACAUGGUGCUGGGGACCCUGGGCCGGGGCAGCCGCCUGCUGUGCGAGACCUCCCUGGGCUACAAGAUGGACGACCUGCUGUCCUCUUACGUGCAGCAUCUCCUGAGCACCAUGAACAAACAGCGGGGUUCCCGGGACCCCACCCUGGUCAGCCCCUAGCGGUGGGUGCUGGCCAAACCACUCAGUCCCCCUUCUUGGCC